UCGUUUUCCUGUUUUCACCAGAACGAGCGAACAGAACAACAAUAACCACUUCCUUUCUCCCUUUCUCCUCUCUUUCAUUCCUUUCAAACUAUAUACCACCAGCCCCCACCGCCAUAGCUAAUAACUCGAAAACGCGGGAAGAAGAAUCCGGAUCUCCUCCCCCUUGACUUCGGUCCCGCCAUUUCUGCCUCCCUUAACCUUCUCUAAUCCUCACAAAACCAAAACAAUUCGGGAAUAUUCUCCAUACCACAAAUUGCCUUGCACGUUAAGCGAUUCCCCCCCUCCUCUCCCUUUCAAUUCCUUUCAACCUCCGUCUUCCGGUCAGGUAGGCGGAGCUGCUGCUGCCUCGUUUCAUUCCGUUUUGCUCGUCUCCGGCGAGAGUGAUUCGGUGUUUUUUUCUUCUUCCGAAUUCUCUUUUUUUUCCCCUUCCAAAAUUCGUUCUGGUUUUUGCAAACGCCUCGUGUUUUUGACAAUGUUCGUUGCUGGUUGAUCUCUUCGGCCGGUCCAUCGCAUAAAUUCUUUGCCUCUUCUGCUAUAUCUCACCUCCGCCUGCUUCUGUUAUGAAGUUCGGAGGCGAUUGUUUCUUUUCCUCUCCUGCCUCUCUUCCACUUCUGUGGAAUUCCUCUUCAGCUUCUCAACAAGAGGUUUGCGUUGACUUUGGAGGUGAUUUGAGCUUGUAUAGUGAGUUUGAUGGGGAAAGCUGACGAUGAGAGAUGCGUUUUUCCUUUAACCAGUCUGCAAAUCGGAGACUUGCAGUCGUAUCUUUCGGAUCUUAGAUUGUAUGUGGCCUUCGAAAGUAAGAAGCUAUACAUCUUGGUGGACAACCGACCAUGGUUGAGGAGCCUGGGUUCGCGGCCAGCACACUUGUGGCAGUUGAUGGUUACAAAGUCAAGGUUAUCUCCAUUUGCAAACACCAAAGGACAGAGAGGGAAAAGGGAGUGCAAGGGAACUUCUUGUCCUCAAUCUAAUUCCAGCAAGGCAACGAAUAUUGAGAAAUGGUUCUCACUGAUCGAUGCAAAAAACUUCUCUCAGAAGGCAGGUUUAUUGCCAGUGGAGAAGUUGAGAAAGUCGUUAUUCUUGAGCAGUGAGCUGCACAGAACACUCUAUGGUUUUAUAGUGUUUGAAGUUGCUUGGAGUAACGUUCGAGGUAUUAAUUACUUGAAUGAACUUCAGACAGACACAUCUCUGGCAGUCGAGGCGAAAGUUAUGCAAAGAUGGGAAUUUGAUUGUAUAUCUCAGGCAUCAAGGUCUAUCGCUUCUUGGUUUUCAGGAACAUUGCCCGAGCAGUUGCAAUUGAAGGAGUACCUGGAUUCUGCUACAGGAGAUAUAUUCUAUGAUGCAAAACAAAAAUUUUCAAGAACAGGUUCUUUCAAUGAUGAUGAUGAAGAGACCGUUGGAGGUAAUAGGUGGUCUGUGAAUUCCUCAUCCAAUAGUCUCAGUGAUUCUGACGAUAUUCAAGAUGAUUCUGAGCCACACACACCUCCACCAAGUGGGCCCUACAAGAGAAGAAGGGUAACUAAGUCGAUUGCCUCAGGAGUCAAAGUUGAUUUUUAUUCUGAAACACAGGGCAGGAGCAAAGAUUUGUUGCACAACUCGGAGACUGAUGGCAGCAGCAACAAUUGUGAAAAUGGUAGUCUUGAAGCUAAGCAGUACAAGGACGUGCUAAUUCUGAUGAGGUUUGAUGACCAUGACCUCCCUUUUAAGCUGAGGCAAAUCAUAAUGGCUGACCUUCGGUUAUUGACCCUCUUAGAGGCAGGGCUUCCGUCAUGGGUAAUCUUUCUGCAAUCAUAUCCUGGGUUUUGCCAUCUUUAUCGCCCGUGGAUGUGUCCGCUAGCUAGAGCUUUAUACGUCUCCAUCUCGAUUGUCACUGUCAUAAUAGGCUUCUACGAUCUUUACAAAAAUGUUCCUGUUCUCAAGGCGACUGCAUCUCGAUUAUGUGGGCCACUUUUUGACUGGAUAGAGACCUGGGAAAUGGUCUCCAGGAUCAAGUAUCUGGGGACCAUGCUGUUUCUUCACAAUUUCCAGAAGGCUGUCACCUGGUCCCUAAUGAUCACUCGAACUUUCCGGUCUUUCCUGUCGGUUUUCACCCAACCUCUGGUUGGUCCGUUAGUGGAAUUAGUAGGGUUUCUCCUUCCAUUGUGGAAUGAAGUCAUUGAAGUAGUUGAGCAGUUAUUCUCAGUAGUCUGGCUUGUGGUGGGAACCACUUGCAAUGUGGUUGGAGAUGUUCUCGAGUUUUUUCUGUGGCCGAUAUGGGUUAUCAUCUCUUUUGUAUGGAACUUUGCGACUUCAAUCUUAUAUCCCAUCUUCUGGAUUCUGUGGGAAGUGAUCUACACCCCAGUUCGCAUGGUUCUUGCACUAGCCAGCUUCCUGGCUGGAAUUUUGGGUGUGAUGGUGCAGUUGAUUGUAGAUGUUUGGCAAUCUAUGAGUAGCAUAGCGCAGCUCGCUUCAGCAUCCGAGGCGUCAGUGAACACGUACCAAGUUUCCAUGUGGAAAUCACUUUGGAGCGACCUUUUCUCACAGGUCUUUCGUGCCGUCAGAAGUAUUCUGAAUGGUUUUGUGGCUUUUUUCACAGCAUGCAACAGACAUCGCCUCAGCAUAUACAACCAUCUACAAGAUUUCAUCCGGAGACUACUCGGUGGAGCUCAGAGAUUUCAGACUUUCGAUUCCAGGCCUAGUUGGAAGUCAUACGAGCCGCGUAAUCUAUCCGAUUCAUACGGGGACUGCAGACAGGGUAGCUCGCCUCGUCGAAUGCCAACUGUGCGUAUUUCCAAGUUGAAGAAGCAGAGGUGAGUCAAGUUCUCUACAAUCAACACGAAAUAUGAAAAACCUUGGUAGCAGUUUUUGUAGGAGAAAGAAACAAAGAGAGAAUAGUUUCUUAUUUGUUUCUAACCAACACCGUUAGGAAUAAUCUUUCAUUCUUUGUUUCCUUUUCCCCUCUAUUCAGCUAGUAUCUCUUGUUUGUUUCUGAACAGUUCUGCGGUACUCAUAGUUGUUGUAUUGUUGUAUCUUUGUUGUAAAUAGCAUGCGUAUUGU